AUGUGCAGCCAGUGCGAGGACGUCACCAACUCCAGUGCUGUCGACUGUGUCCCUUUCCCCGUCAACACGACGAUUCCCGAUGAUGGUGAUUAUCCAACCCGGGUCUGUUCCAUCGUCAGCCCGCACGGCUACGGAUCCACCCAGAUUACACUGUACGAUAACACCAACGGCAGCUUCCGCAUCGACAUGCCACUGGAACAGGUCUGGGCCCUAUCUCAGUGGACCUGGAAGGACGAGCUCCCCUACCCAGCCAGCGCAAUUGGGUACGCCCAAGUCGGCGUAGCGGAGUGUACGCUGCGGCUGUGCGCGCGGACGUACAAUGUCACCGUCUCCAACGGAGCGGUGUCGAUCGCAAAGGGCGAACCCAACUACGGCGCCCAGUUCUGGGUCGACAAGCGCAAUGGCACCGCCAUCCCGGGGAAGCAUGCAGAUUGGGACUUCAGCUCCGCGUUCCUCCGGGCGAACUAUUCGACGUGCUGGCGCCCAACUGACGGGCCCGCCGUGCAGCUUACCCAGAAUGCAGACAAGACAACGUGGGUGAACGAGGCCGAGAUGGCCUUCUGCCCCGUCAGUGAGUUUGUCGUCGGACAAUACCUCGAGGGGAAGCGGAGGGCGGCAUACACGUCGGGCCAUGGUGAUAUCGACCCCCAGUCUAAUCCCGACCCGUCGAUCAAGCGCAUUCGCACGAUCGGGCUCGAGGAGUCGGUCAGCCGCAUCGCUGCGAGUUUCACAAGGCAGGCGCUUCUUGCGACCAAUACAACAGUCCAGGGGACGGUGCACAUCCCCGAGGUAUAUGUUUCUGUCGAGUGGCUGUGGAUUCUGCAUCCUGCGGCGCUGACUGCGCUUGCGGUUGUGUUUUUGGCGUCGACCAUAUUUGUGAAUCACCGGCGGCACCUGAAGCUGUGGAAGACGUCGAUUCUGGCUGUGCUGUAUCACGGACUGACCAGGUUUGGGAGCGAGGAUGAGGAUGCCGACAAUGAUAGAAAUGGCACGGUUAGUCGGAUGGAGAAGACGGCGCAGGGGGUCAGAGUUCGCUUGACGACUGUUGAUGAGAAGAGAGGGCUGAUGCUUGAUUGA